AUGUUCGCCAACUCUGCUCGAAAUGCCCUCAAAAAACGACCUCAAAAUUUGCAGCCAUUCCGUUUUCAAGGGUGUCUUUUCUCCAAGCGCGCCAACCGACCUUUGACCACCAAGGUCCAGCAUCUCAUUUACGCCUCGGUCGACGACAAGGCUCUUGUGACUUUGUUUGAUCAGCCGAGAUCCACCCUUCGCUCCCCCUUCGCCACAACAGGCCUCUUCGGUCACCCAUCACUCACACACCCUCGCGCACUGAUAUCUCUAGCGGAUGCAACCGUAGUACGCGCGCAACUUUUGACGGACCGCAUCCUUCGGGCUCGGGAGUCUCGAACGGAGCUGCUUCGGGUAGUGAAGAACCUUGACCGACUCAGUGACAUGUUAUGCGGUGUCAUUGAUCUCGCAGAACUUGUCCGGAAUGCUCAUCCAGAUCGAAGCUGGGUGGAUGCUGCCAACAGAGCGUACGAGACAUUAUGUGAAUUUAUGAACGUAUUGAACACUCAUGUCGGACUAUAUGAAGUCCUGAAAGCUGUAUUGUCUGACCCAAGCAUCGUCAAGACACUUGGCCCAGAGGCUCACCAGACAGCCCUGAUAUUCUGGCGCGACUUUGAGAAGUCCGCCAUUGAUUUGCCUGCAGAGCAGCGCAAGAAGUUUGUUUCGUUAUCAUCGGACAUACUCGUCCUGGGGAGGCAAUUCCUCGAAGGUGCCAAUGCACCACGACCCCCAGCUUCCAUCAAGCCAUCACAACUAUCCGGUUUGAAGGACAAGGGAAUGGGGGUGAGGCUGCAGCUUCAAGCUCAGUUUACUCAACGCGACCUUCAGGUCUAUCCUGGGUCUUUACAGGCGCAGAUGAUUAUGCGCUCGGCUCCUGAAGAGGAGCCUCGUCGACAGGUGUACCUGGCUGCGAACUCAAGCACCCCUCAACAAAUAGAAGUUUUAGAGAAACUCUUACGAACCCGCGCAGAACUCGCACGUCUGGUUGGGCGUGAUAGUUUUGCGCAUAUGACACUUGACGAUAAGAUGGCAAAAACUCCAGAUAACGUGUGGAAUUUUCUUGACGCACUUAUGGACCAUACAAAACCCUUCGCUCGACGUGCAUUGCACACCUUGAGUGAACGAAAACAGCUCCAUCAUGGAACUUCUUCGCUACCUAUCAUACAGGCAUGGGAUAGGGACUUUUACUGCCCACCAGACCCCCCAGCGCCCCCAAUACCACUUCCUCCACUGACGUUGGGGACCGUUUUCAUGGGUCUAUCCCGUCUGUUCCAACACAUGUACGGAAUCUCAUUGCGCCCCGCUGAUUCGGCCUCCGGAGAGGUCUGGCACACAGAUGUUCAAAAACUGGAGGUAGUAGAUCAAGAUCAGGGCAUCAUUGGCUGGAUAUACGCAGAUCUCUUUGCAAGAAGAGGGAAGGCGAGUGGGGCAGCCCAUUACACUGUUCGUUGCUCGCGGAGGACCGACGACGACGACGAAUCAUCUGAUGGCACCGUUGAAGGUGCUGAACUUCUCAUUUAUGAAUCCCAGGAGUUUGAAGCCGUUAAACGGCACCGUCUCCCAAAUCAAGACGGCAUCUAUCAGUUGCCUCUGGUUGUUCUGUUGUGUGAAUUUGCUCGACCGACGCCGUCCAAAGGACCAACCGUUCUAGAAUGGCACGAGGUGCUAACGCUCUUCCAUGAAAUGGGUCAUGCAAUGCAUUCCAUGAUUGGUCGGACUGAAUAUCAAAAUGUUGCUGGAACUCGCUGCGCCACUGACUUCGUAGAGUUUCCGUCAAUCCUCAUGGAACAUUUUCUCAACUCACCUACUGUCUUAUCCCUGUUUGACGUCGAUGGAACGUCGACAGUUCGACAUAUUGGUAAUCACCACAAUGAUCCCUGUCAUUUCAUCGAUACCUACUCUCAAAUUCUUCUUGCCGCAGUUGAUCAGGUAUACCAUUCCCCUGCGGUGUUGGACCCCACUUUUGACUCAACCGCCGAGCUUGCCAAAGUACAUAACACACGCGGAUUAAUCCCAUAUGUCCCUGGAACCUCAUUCCAAACACAGUUCGGACACCUCUAUGGGUAUGGCGCGACAUAUUACUCUUACCUUCUUGAUCGUGCCAUUGCUUCACGAGUAUGGCGCAACGUCUUCUUAGACGAUCCUCUCGAUCGAGAGACGGGCGAGAAAUUCAAAUGUGAAGUUUUGCGUUUUGGUGGAGGGAAGGAUCCCUGGAAGAUGGUCAGCGCUUUACUCGAUGUGCCGGAGUUAAGCACUGGCGACGCUGAAGCGAUGCGGGAGAUUGGGCGCUGGAAGAUUAAUAGUGAAAUUGGUGUACAUGGACGACAUUGAUGUAGUCGUCCCAUCGCCAGACACCCAUUUUAGUAAGGGAUGAGUUAGCUCGAUCCUGUCGUUACGGGAUGUCUUAAAUGGAUGACUGCCACACUU